AAAUUAGAAAGCGAUCAAGCCAAAGCCUGCACCAGAAGCGAAAGCCGUUGUGCUUAGUUGCUCGUGGAAAGAAAGACAUGGGCGUUCGAGGUCACGAGGUGAAGCAGCGGCGGCACCAGGAAGGGUGCGAGGACGACGGCGCGUCACUGGCGGCGAUGUACCUCCACGGCGACGUGCUCGAGUCGGUGGUGGCGCGAGUCCCCGCGGCCGACCUCGCCGCCACGGCGCGGGUCUCGCGGGAGUGGCUCCGCGCGGUGCGCGCCACGCUGCGCUGGCGCCCGCGGCGGCUGCCCUGGCUCGUCGUGCACCUCCAGGGCAGCGGGCGCCGAUCCACCGCGGCGUACGACCCCAACUCGGGCGCGUGGUUCACCGUGCCGGCCACGCGCCACGCCACGCCGUCGCACGUCCGCCUCCUGCGCGGCGCGCGCGGGGACCGCGUCUGCGCGAUCUCCCUCUCUGGCCUCGACGUCGCGGGCGGCCCACUCGGGACGGCCGCCUGCGUCGUCCUCAAGGCCCCCAGCGUGUGGCGCGUCGACCCUGUGUUCGCCGCGGUGGGCGACCGCGUCGUCGCGCUCGGCGGCGCGUGCCAGCUGGCUCUGGCCGAGGGCGAGGACGCCGCGGCAGUGGAGGUGCACGAGGGAGGCGGCUGGACGGCCUGCGAGCCGAUGCCCGACGCGCUCAGGGAGUCCGCGGCGGCAACGUGGCUCUCGGCGGCCGCCACCGACCAACGGGUGUACCUCGUGGAGAGAACCACCGGGUGGGCGAGCUGGUUCGACCCGGCGAACCGGAGGUGGGGCCCGAGCCAUCGCCUCGUCCCGGACGCCGCAGUCUCCACGUGGGGCGUCGCGCCAGGUCGCGCCGGCGCCGACGAGCGGCUCGUUCUGUUCGGGGCGAAGCGGGCAGACAUGGAAGCAGAGUGCAGAGUCGUCGUCCAGGCAUGGGAGGUGAAUGGCGACACUCUGGAGCCGACCCCCGCCUUGUCGAACGACGCAAUGCCGAUCGAAAUGUCGGAGAGGCUGUUCCCUUGCGAAGACGAGGACGGGGAGGAGGAGGACCUGGAUGACACGCCGCCGUCGAUCGGGGUGUGCGGCUACGCCACGGGUGGGUACGUGUACAAUGCGGCCGAGCCGGCGAACGGUGCUGUGCUCUACGAGCUGCGGGAGGGGAAGGCGGACGGGAGCGCCACCGCCGUGGCGCGGUGGGAGUGGGUGCCGUGCGCGCCCGCCCUGCGAGCCGAGCCACUGGGGCGCGCCAUCCUCGCGUGCUCGCCGGUGGGGUUGGACCAGCUAGCGCUGGGAGUUGGAUCGGCGGGCCCACGAGCAUGUACCGCCUCACACUGUAUCAGAUCAAUCCAUCGUCGGCACUUGCAAUUUGAUUGCUAAGAUUAUUUUUAGCAGUU